UGAAGUGUGACCGGAAGCGCCACCUGCUAGCUCCGUUAGCUUGUUAGCUGUUGCGACUCCGGUGGACUCCUCCUUUCUAACGCGGAACCGAGCGGCGGAGCCUGGAGCCCGCAGAGGACGAGCGUUCCCCGGCCCAUCGGCUCCCUCCUGCCGGACGGACAGUCGACAUGAAGCCGUGAGGAGGCCCCUCGGCCCCGGGGACAGCGCAGAGAGCAGCGGCUGGAUGUGAAGUUCCGGUUGCAGACGACAUGUCGGAGCAGGACCCUGAUGAUGCUGGGCCGUGGAGUUGUGUGCCUCCUUUCUGUCAGAUGACUGGGACAUGAUAUUGUUCCCAGGAUGCUUUGCAGCUUGACAUCCACACCUGCCAACCAUCAGCUGUUGUGUAGUCACAGCAACAAGCUUAGAGACAAGCUUGGCCGAUCAGUGUUGAAGUCACCAUGGCAACCAGCAAUCGCGUCGGCAUCGGAGCGAGACAUUUACAUGAGAUUCAUGAAAUGUCACAGAUGUUAUGACAUCAUCCCGACAAGCUCCAAACUGGUGGUGUUCGACACGACGCUGCAGGUGAAGAAAGCGUUUUUUGCUCUUGUGGCAAACGGAGUGAGAGCUGCUCCACUGUGGGAGAGCAAGAACCAGAGCUUUGUAGGGAUGUUGACCAUCACAGACUUCAUCAACAUCCUGACCAGAUACUACAAAUCCCCCAUGGUUCAGAUCUACGAGCUGGAGGAACAUAAGAUCGAGACGUGGAGAGAGCUGUACCUGCAGGAGACCUUCAAACCGCUGGUCCACAUCUCACCUGACGCCAGUAUAUUCGACGCAGUGUACUCGCUGAUAAAAAAUAAAAUCCAUCGACUUCCUGUCAUUGACCCGGUGAGCGGGAACGCGCUCUACAUUCUGACACACAAGAGGAUCCUCAAGUUCCUGCAGCUGUUUGUGUGUGAGAUGCCCAUGCCUGCCUUCAUGAAUCAGUCUCUGGAGGAACUCGGCGUCGGGACGUACGCUAACAUCGCCUUCAUCCACCCUGACACGCCCCUCAUCACCGCGCUGUCCGUCUUCACACACCGCCGCGUCUCCGCCCUGCCAGUCGUGGAUCACCAUGGUAAAGUCGUGGACAUCUACUCCAAGUUCGACGUGAUUAACCUGGCAGCAGAGAAGACGUACAACAACCUGGACGUGACAGUGACUCAGGCGCUCAGACACAGGUCUCAGUACUUCGAAGGAGUCAUGAAGUGCAACAAACUGGAAACACUGGAGACGAUAGUGGACCGAAUCGUGAAGGCUGAGGUUCACAGGCUGGUUGUCGUUGAUGAAGAGUCUCGUAUCAUCGGCAUCGUCUCUCUGUCCGACAUCCUGCAGGCGCUUGUACUAAUCCCCGCAGGUCUUGGGAGGAAAGAGUCUCUCCCCUCUCAGCCGGCGACUCUGGACUCAACACCACCAGAGACAGGACUGGACCAGGACCAAGAUCAGGACCAGGACCAGGAUCAAGAUCAAGUACAGGAUCAGGAUCUGGAUCAGGUCCAGGAUCAGGAUGAAGAUCAGGUUCAUGACCAGGAUCAGGAUCUGAAACAGGAUCAGGACCAGGAUCAGGUCCAGGAUCAGGAUGAAGAUCAGGUUCAUGACCAGGAUCAGGAUCAGGUCCAGGAUCAGGAUGAAGAUCAGGUCCAGGCCCAGGAUCAAGAUCAGGUCCAGGAUCAAGAUCAAGAUCAGGAUCAGGAGGAAGAUCAGGUCCAGGAUCAGGAUCAAGACCAGGUCCAGGAUUAGGUUCAGGUCCAGGAUCUGAAAAAGGAUCAGGACCAGGAUCAGGUCCAGGUUCAGGACUUUCAUGUAGAGACAGAGAAAAAAAGAAAACUUGAACCAGAUCUGGACCACGACUCGUGUAAAAUAUAUAAAUAGAUACAGAGAGAGGAGAGAAGGAGGAGGUGAAUGAGGAGGGGGGAGAGAAAGGGAGAGAAUGCAGAGGAGGAAUAUGGAGGAGGUGAAGAAGAGGAUGGGGACGCAGCGUGACAUCAUCGGCCGGCGUCUCCCUGGACUUGACAAACUCGUCUCUAAUCACAGAAGAAGAAGUGGCUGACGUGUGAUUGGCUGGGGAGACUUUGAGACUGUGUUUCAUUGGCCGACAGUCUGAGGGCGAGGAGUCGCCACAGGGCUGCUAUUGGACAGAUGCUCUGGAGAUGGGCAGGGCUGACGUGUGUUGGAGCCAAUCAGAUCUCUGCUGGUUAUGUACACAUGCAUCGUACACACGCAGGUCAUACAUGUACACACGCAGGUCAUACAUGUACACAGGUCAUACAUGUACACACGCAGGUCAUACAUGUACACACGCAGGUCAUACAUGUACACAGGUCAUACAUGUACACGCAGGUCAUACAUGUACACACACAGGUCAUACAUGUACGCAGGUCAUACAUGUACACAGGUCAUACAUGUACGCACGCGGAUCAUACAUGUACACACGCAGGUCAUACAUGUACGCAGGUCAUACAUGUACGCACGCUGGUCAUACAUGUACGCGGGUCAUACAUGUACACAGGUCAUACAUGUACACACGCAGGUCAUACAUGUACGCACGCAGAUCAUACAUGUACACACGCAGGUCAUACAUGUACACAGGUCAUACAUGUACACACAGGUCAUACAUGUGCUCCUGCAGUUCGUCAGAUUCUUAUCACAGACCCGACUCCAUGUUGUUUAACCACGAUGCAGUUUGUCGCCCCCCCGCCUCAGCGUCACGUAUGUUUAACGAUAGUUCUGCUGCGUUUUUGCUUUGACUGAUGAUCACGUGACUCCAGAGCAGCUGUGAACCAGACAUGAAGAAACUUCCUGAAACACAUUGAGCCAUGAAACUUUAAGUACGAUGAACAGGAAGAAGGAUUUUUAAUUUGAUUUCAUCGAUCUUUGUGACAUCAUAAAGGGGCGGGUCAUGUAGUUGUCAUUGGAGCCUUUCGUUUCAACUGCAGCUUCUGAUUGGUGGAGAGAUUUAAAUCACUGAAGGAUUUUCUUCCAGAUGAAUCCGAUUCUGUCGCUUGUGUCACGUACGAGUCGUGACUGUAUGUACUGUGUUUUAUAGAGAGAUUCAAAAUCCAAUUGUUGUAACAUUUGAAAUAAAUCUGAAAGAUUUUAUUGUUAAAUUAUUGUGUUCAUAGAUUCCAGUUGUGUUCAGAUUUGAGUCAACCUGAUCACCUCUGGAACCUUUUCUCCUAACUUGCUGCCCUUUAAAAUCUUUUCUAAAAUGACCCCAUGGGGAUUCUGGGAAAUGUAGUAUUUAAAGGUAAAGUGUUCUCUCUCAUCAAGUCACAUCUGCACCGGCAUUAAAAUCAGACUGAGUCUUCCAUGAACAUGAA